AUGCUCAGAGAUGGCAUGACCGAGAUGGCGAAGUACGCGCUGAUUUACGCGGUGCUUUGUGGCCUGAACUUCUUUUUCGAAGUUUUGCCCUUGAUCAGCGAGAUCAGUGGCAGGGUGACAAGGAGGGCAGAGUUAGCAACUCCGACGAUAGAGGUGAAUGGAACCCGAGUGACAACCUACACUCUUGCAACGCAGACGCACCCCUUUUUCGAUCCGCCCCUCGGUCUUGGGUACAAUGCUCAGAGUAGCUCCAGGCGUUGGCAGCUACAGCCAUGGAUGUUUGACUUCGAUGCCCUUGAAGAGGCUCAGGCGAGUUCUCGGGCUCCGCAGGCCAAAGCUGCCGCAAAAGGAGCCCCAAACGUUCCGACAAAGGUUGCUGCAAAAGGCAGCACAGCAGUUGGCCGAGAUGCGCCGAGAGGUGCGUCGCUGCAAGCGGCCGAAAUGCCAAGCGAAGGAGUCAAUAAAGCAGCUGCGAAAAGCUCGAUCCCGGCGCCUGCGCCCGUUCCCAGGCUAACCUUCGACGAGAGGCGGCGGCGCUGGGAAAAGACGGGCUCGGCCGUGGCUAGCAUGCUGCAUGAGAUGCUUGAGUUCGAAUUCGUUUGCGGAAAAGGAUGGAUGGAGGGAAUGCGGCGUUUGGUGGAAAACACGCCCCGGGACCAGAUCGGACGCCGCUAUGGCCUAGAUGACUUUGCAGGACCCUUGCUGCGGGACCACUUCAUCCAGUGGACUUCUAGCCACUCGAGGGCCGAGAACUUCCGGAAGGUGAUCUUGCGCCUGGAGAUGAAGGUGGUGGUUGCAACGAAGCACCUGGACCUCUCGUACGACUGGACAUUGAGGCCGGGUGCUUUCCAAGAAAGCACAGCCGGUAUGGCCCGGCAGCUCGGAGCCACGGAAAACCCGCCCUUUGAUGGUUUCAUGCACAUGAAGCGUGGACUGCUCUUUGUUGGCUUGCCGCUUCGAUUGUACUUGGCCGAUAGCCCUCAUCUCUACGAGCUAAUUCGCCGCAUGAGAUCUCUGGCCGACCCCGCAAUUGCGGGUGAGGUGUCUGUGUCUAACAUCCGGAAGGUGCUUGACGCAGAUGGUUGUCCUUAUUCGGUUUUGGUCUACGGCUUGCUGGCGGGGCUCCAAGCGCUACAUUCAGCGCGGCUCACCGGAAAGCGGGCCGGGACAGGAGCCCAAAGUCUGGAUGCUCUUUCGGCGACGGCGCGGCUCACAGGUGAGCACCAGUUUGAAGUGAAGGAAGUUGCGGACAACUGUCCUCUGAUCUUCCGUGGAAUAUGGGUUCCAAACAGGAUCGAUGAGCACACAGCGGCCUACACGUGGUCCUUUAAUUCGUUCUCCCGCAGUAUGGAGGGUGUACUGUGGGUGCUGGAUUUCUAUGCCGUGGAGAACACCGGCAACCAAAGUGUUGCUUCCUUGGCCUGGCAAGAGUCACAUGUCUUGAUCUAUGUCGCACGAUUCAAUGCUGCCAGCAGCACGUGGGCUUUUCCAGUUCAGUUUUUCAAUUCGGGAAUGGCUGCGGAUGUUGAGAAGGAGGUUGUCCUUCCGCCGUUUGUUCACUAUGACUUCGAGCUUCUUCAUGGAAGUCUCUACGAAGUUCGCAGCACAAUGUCGACAGCAAUGAAGCUUGCUGCUCUCAAGGGGAUCGAACGCCUGUGGGGCCUAUCGCUGGCGGAGCAUGCGCCCCAGCUCCUGCAGCUCCUGGAAGGUAAAGGCACAUCAGCCUUCCCCGGCCUGAACCGCAACCUGAGAGUGACUGUGCGCUUCAUUAAGCAGAUUGAGCUUUGCAAGCCGCUGGAAGACAUCAUGAAAAGAGCUAGCGGGCCGCCAGAGGAUCUUCUUCUAGCAUUCCCGCCGAAGGAUCCGGCGGACGCACAGAAGCAGAUCGUGACAGUGUUCGGUGCCGGUGUGGAUGUGACCAAUCUCGUAAACCCUGGAGACGUGAGACCGCUGGGCACCUUCGUUCCAGGCCAGCGAGCUGCAGAAGGACAUACCUUCGAAUGGGAAAGGUCCUACUUGGCAUCGCCAUCGCGGCAUCUUUCGGAUGAGUUUGCACCGCGUUAA